AUUACGGUUGGAGGUGAUUCGCGGAGAUCCGAGACCGACUCACCGUCAAACUGCUCACUCGAAACAUGAAACAUGGUCCAUUGUAACAAAUGUACGUUAGUGUGGCGCGCGACGUCCACAGAUAUGUCAGACGACAGCACUACCGAACGGGAUUUAAAGCUCCUUUUAUAGUGGACAGCGAUGACGGUUCCGGUGCUUUGGCUUAUUAUUUAAAAAUAAAAGGCUGUUAAUAAUGUCUUAUUAUAAACGUGUAUUGCUGAAUUGAUUGUCGACUGCUUGAACAGCGAAGGGCAACAAUUCCGCCACCGUUCGUUGUUUGCUGGGACUGGAAACAUCGAUGCAAACAUUGAUUCAUCAGCACACCAAAUCAAGAUGACAGUGGAAAAUACAACUAUUAAAAGCCGGAUUAAGAGUCUGCUCCGAUCGCCUUCCAUCAAAUUAAGAAGAAGUAAUCCUGGGAACAACAAGGAGAAUCUCAGUAAUAAGGUAACGUUGGAGAAAGUUCUGGGAAUCACUUCCGCUGGGAAUCGUGCUUUAGCGUGUGACCCACACUCAGGACUUGUUGGCUACCCAGCCGGGUGUGUGGUGGUGCUACUGAACCCGAAGAAAAACAAACAACAUCAUAUUCUCAAUAGCUCCAGGAAAACCAUCACUACGCUCGCCUUCUCUCCCGAUGGCAAAUAUGUGGUCACGGGCGAGAGUGGUCAUAUGCCGGCGGUGCGUGUCUGGGAUGUGGCAGAGAGGACACAGGUGGCAGAGUUGCAUGAACACAAGUACGGCGUGGCGUGUGUGGCUUUCUCCCCCAACAGCAAAUAUAUCAUCAGCGUGGGUUACCAGCACGACAUGAUCGUCAACGUCUGGGCCUGGAAGAAAAACGUAGUGGUUGCCGCCAACAAAGUGUCCAGUAAAGUGUCAGCUGUGUCUUUCUCGGAUGACAGCUCUUAUUUUGUUACAGCUGGAAACAGACACGUGAAGUUCUGGUAUCUUGACCACACCAAGUCUUCCAAGGUGAAUGCCACAGUCCCAUUACUGGGACGCUCUGGUCUUCUCGGAGAGCUGCGGAAUAACUUCUUCAGCGACGUGGCCUGUGGAAAGGGCCGGAAGGUGAGCAGCACCUUCUGCAUCACUUCCUCUGGGCUGCUCUGUGAGUUCAACGACAGAAGAAUGCUGGACAAGUGGGUGGAGCUUAGGAGAAAUGACAGUUUCACAACUAGCAUGGCCACGUCUCUGUCGGUCACUGAGGAUCUGAUCUUCUGUGGUUGUGCUGAUGGUACCGUGAGAGCAUUCAGUCCUAUUGAUCUGCACUUCAUUUGCACGCUGCCUCACCCUCACAGUCUGGGCACAGACAUCGCUACUGUUACUGAGGCCAGCCACCUCUUUGCAUACAAGGAUAAUGUGCGCUAUCCUGAUGCUGUAGCUGUGUCCUACGACCCUGUGAACCGCUGGCUGUCCUGUGUGUAUAACGACCACAGUCUGUACGUGUGGGACGUCCGUGAUCUUCGUAAAGUGGGGAAGGUUUACUCCGCUCUCUACCAUUCAUCCUGUGUGUGGAGUGUAGAGGUGUACCCAGAGUCGAGUGAUGGUGAACAGCCCCGUUUGUCUCCAGGAUGUUUCCUCAGCUGUUCAUCUGACAACACUAUCCGUUUAUGGAACACAGAUGCUCAAAACACCACACUCAGCCGAAAUGUAAUCAGCAAUGACCUUCAGAAGGUCAUUUAUAUGGACAACAACACCUCCACCCUGCUAGACACGGACUGCACCAUCUCCAAUAGCUCAGAGAAGGCUGACCCGCAGACCUCUGAGAACCGCACGGGCAUUAGGACCAUGUGUGUGAGUCCAGAUGGGCUGCACCUGGCAUCAGGGGACCGCAACGGCACACUGAGAAUCCACGAUUUGGAGAGCAUGGAAGAUAUUCUGGAUGUUCAGGCCCAUGACUCUGAGAUCUUGUGUCUGGAGUACUCUAAACCAGAGACUGGGCUGAAGCUGUUAGCCACCGCUAGUAGAGACAGACUGAUCCAUGUGCUGGAUGUGGAGCAGGAAUAUGGUCUGCUACAAACACUGGAUGAACACUCGUCCUCUAUCACUGCUGUCCGAUUUGCUGCUAAUGAUGGCAAAGUCCGAAUGAUCAGUUGUGGUGCUGAUAAAAGUAUCUACUUCCGCACAGCACAGAAGACAGAGGAAGGCACACAGUUCACACGUACUCAUCACAUAGUGAGGAAGACCACUCUGUACGACAUGGAUAUCGACCCCACACGAAAGUACUCUGUAAUAGGCUGUCAGGAUCGCAGCAUCAGGAUCUUUAACAUCUGCAAUGGCAAACAGAAGAAAGUCUACAAGGGUUCUCAGGGCGAAGAUGGGACACUUAUCAAGGUCCAGACGGAUCCCUCUGGUCUGUAUGUGGCCACAAGCUGCUCAGACAAAAACAUCAGUAUCUAUGACUUCUACACUGGAGAAUGUGUGGCCACCAUGUUUGGCCAUUCUGAGAUUGUAACAGGGAUGAAGUUUACUAAUGACUGUAGGCAUCUGAUAUCUGUGUCCGGAGACAGUUGUAUAUUUGUGUGGCGACUGUGUCCUGAGUUGACCAUCAAUAUGAGACAGCGGCUCUCAGACCUGAAACAAAACACCAAACCAGUUCAGAAGACCCCUCCGAACAAACAUCAUACACUUAGCACAAGGAGAGAAAUCCACAGCGCUCCAGUCAUUGCUAACAUGUCAUCUGACAGUGACAAAGACAUGGAGGAAGAGGAGUGUAUUGAGGAAGAAGAUGAAAUGUUUCCACACCUGUCAUCAGGCAGCAGUGCCAGCGAGGAGACUGGAUCGUCAGAGGAGAAGCACAAUACUCUUAAUUCCAAGAUGAGGAAGCAAUCCAACAGCAGUACUGAAUGCGAGGGUACAGGUUUGCGGCCGAGGCGCCGCUGGUCCAGACGUUUAGGCAGUAUGGAUCUGAAAGUGAAGUCCAUGCUGGAUCUGAGGCAACUGGAGUCUUUCGCCAUGCCCCUUUUUCCCAGCAAAAACCCUGAUGUUCAUAAAGAACCUCCAUCGGCCAAGAACCAGGAACUGGGCAGCACCAUCAGCUUGCAGACCCUAGCUGCAUGGGUACCGGAAAAGAGUGGACCAGGUGGACAAACUCGUCCUCAUUACAUCCAGCUGUUGCCUCAAACCCCAGACACAGAGGUGCUGUAUCCUGAAGGAUGUGAUGACCAGAUCAGUCUUGCCGACAGUGAGUAUCAGGUGAAGAGGUUACCUCAUGGAGCAAGAUAUGCUAAAGUGAACUCUUGUCCUGAAAAGCAGAGUCCAGAUAGUGCCUGCUCCAUGGAGUACUCUAGUAGUCACCUGUCCAGCCCUGAGCACCCUGGUGAAGAUUCUGAGCCCACUGAACCACUGAGUGUAGAUGGAAACUCAUCAGAACUGGAUAUGGAAGAUCUUGAUGAGGAAGAAGAGGAGAGCUUGAGGAAGAAUGAAGUUCAGACUCCUGUGCCUCAGACCCCAGACCAGGGGGCUUUCCUCAAAAAGCACUUUGCAAACCUAUCAGACCUCAACAAUCCUGCAAGUCCAACCAGAGUAGCUUCAAACAUUUCUGACAGCAUGUCAUCAAAGUUCCUCUCUCAAAACUCUCCCAGCAGACAUGCAUUCCCUUUCCAUUCAAACAAAAGCAGUGAUGGUAAAACUGCCAGUGGAUUUGUGCGUCCCUUGAUCUCAGAAGUGCGCCCUCUCAUGGAGAAUAAGAGCCAAGGCAAACAGCAAGAGUCCCAAGGCUCUGAGAAGACAACAGGUCAGCGUCUAAUCCAGAAGAAACGCACACCAACAGUAGACUCCCGCAGACUGUUCGGCCCAGUUGCUAAAGCUGCUGCAAGUCAUGCUAGUUCUGCAGGAAUGAGAAAAGCCCAAUCUAUACACAACAUCUCCUCAGAAGCCGACACUGUCCAAGCAUUCACUCGUCCCUCUCAGGAAGUCUACCCUCAGCCCCUGACCCCUGAAAGAGGUGUCUCCUCUACACCACGCCGUUCCCUUCCCACCGUCCCGCUUACCAGUCCCACGACCACCCUGCCAAGAGACAUCACCACGCCCACCAAGCUUAAAGCUCGCUCUUAUAUGAGCCCCACCACCAGCUCCAUGGCCAAGAUGUCCCGCUCAGUGUCCAUGGGGGACAGCCUGAACGUGGUAGAACUUGGAGAAGACACUGUAUCCUCUGGAUAUGACUCAUCCAAACCUCGGAGCACCUCCCAGAGCAAGCCCACCACUCCUGUCACCUUCAUCUCCUCCCCUGCAUCCCCAUUUCCAGGCCCCUACAUGCCCCAUGCAGCUGUCAUACCUACAUUCAGCGCUGGAUCAACUGGAAGCUCAGCUUCUAAAGGUCUCCAGUCCAAACUGACUGGCAGUGCUCGCCCCCUACUCCAUAUAGACAUUCCCAAUACUCUUCCAGACAAACUCUCCAUAUCCACCCUCUCACCAAGCAACAAGAGCCCCAGGCUUGUACAAAAUGACAAGGAGUCCUCAAGCAGAACACCAACAACUCUUUCAACAAAAUCUCAUCAACAAAGCUUUCAGCUGCCCAGCAGCAUCGUACAGCCGGUCUUAGCUGUACAUUUAACCCCAUCUGAAAUCACAGACUCAGACCAGAUUGAGCUUAAUGUGGGACUCAAUCCAGACCAAACUAAAGACUUAAUGGAAGCUAACCUAAAGUCACAUUUGGAACCAGGAGAAGAGGAAACUGAGAGGGACAUGGGCCAGGCCAGUCUUGGUCUUCUUCAGCCUCAGGAUUCAGACACAUCUCUCAGUGUUGAUUCUUGUAGGCUGGUUGCUAAUGAAUUGCAGACCAGUUUUAAAAGAGCCUCUCACCUCUACAAAAUGCUAAGCAACUCCAACGACUCCAGCGACGAGCAGCAGAAGAUGGCACGUGUGCUUAGCGAAGCUUUUGAGUCGAUGCGAGCUGAGCUGAUCUCCCUGCCGCCCUGUGCACCUUCAAAAUCAACAAGUGCUGGCACCGUGCGCAUGAUAGCUAACAGUGAUGCAACUCUGGGUGACAAUAGGACGCUAGAGCUUCUAGAGCAGUAUUCCAAACUGCUCCUUACUGCGGUGGAGAAAAGAAUGGACAGCAAAAUCUGACUUUUCCAAUCAGAUAUCAAGCCAUAACGCUACAUAGAUAGCAAAGAAUUUGUAAUAAAUAUAUUGAACUGAAAUGCCGCUAUCCUACCUCCAUGUUUAGCAUACUGUUACAGUGGCAUGUGUUAUUCCUCGUAUGUUUUUGUUGGCUGCAUGGUACAGCUUGUUCGAAACAAAAAGGAUUCCAUGGUUACCAUUUUAAAGACAAAGAUGCAUAAGAAGCAUUAGGAUACAAUAUUCUGUCAAAUUCUGAAGUUCAACACUGUUACUGUGAAAACAAACUUGUUGGGAGGCCUCUCCAGCAAGCAUCAUGUUUUGAACUUGAACUUAUAAGUGAUAUUUAAAGAUUUCCUAAAAUUCCUUAAAAUUCAGACGAACUGGUGUCCCUGGAAGUCUUAACCAGGCAGAUUUGUCUCAUUUUUACCUUUUAUUAUGGAAUGGUUUUAUACUGUAUGUUGUGUUUGUGCUGAUACUCUCAAGUUGAACUGGGAUGUCGGGAUGUAUAUUUAAUCUGAUAUAUAGGUGAUAGGUCAGUGAGGCUCUUCAGAGCAUGUUUGUUGUACAGUUUCUAUUUUACAAGACCCAAAAGGGUCGGUUUGGUGCCAUAAGAAAGCUCGGUGUCACCAGAAAUGUGGAAUUUGGAGGAACGUUUUGUGUGGAGAAGUUUUUAUUAACCUAACUAAAUUUUGAAGAAUGAUUUUGUAUCAUUUUAUUUGCAGAAGUUUUGUACUUGAAAUAGUAAUUGUCUCAAGGAUACGGGUGCCUUAAUCUUGACCAGCAAUUUGUUGUUGAGGAAUAAUCCGGCAUUUGUAAUUCAAAGGUUAUAUGAUGAAACGAACAGUACUAUAUAGAUACUGUCCUCUUAUAAAUGAUUCAUUUCAGGUAACAAAACAGAAACAAAACUGCCAUAAAACAACUGGAUUGAAUUGAUUGUUCUGGUGACACUGGUGAUGAUAUCUUAGUAGGAUAUCUUAGAUAUCAUAGUAGAGUGCUUCUCAACUGGUUUUGAUUUUCUAUUAGAUGUAAAGUGGCAGAUUUUGAUUGGAUGCACACAGACCAGGUACACCCCUUCAUAGCAAUGGUAUUCCCUGAUGGCAUUGGCCUCUUUCAGUGGGAUAAUGCGCCCUGCCACACUGCUCACAUUGUUUGGGAAUGGUUUGAGGAACAUGAUGAAGAGUUCAAGGUGUUGCCCUCGGCUCAAAUUCCUCAGAUCUCAAUCCGAUUGAGCAUCAUUGGGAUGUGCUGGACCAACACGUCAGAUCCACGGUGGCUCCACAUCUCAACUUAUAGGACUUGAAGGAUCUGCUGCAAAUGUCUUGGUGCCGGAUACCACAGGACACCUUCAGGGGUCUUGUAAUGUCCAACAGCAUAUUAGGCAGGUGGUCAUGCUGUAAUGUUUUGGCCAAUCAGUGUAAGAAUUUUUGCCACCAUUUUUAAAAUGGAUAAACCUAUUUAUUUAGCUAUUGUAACUAUGCACAAGGAUAUGGUUAGUUGUAUUUAGGAUUGCAUUUUCCCCACUGUCUGUGUGAUCCUCCAGUUGGGAAUCACUGUCCUAAUAGAUACCAAGACAAUGAAGGGCACAUUUUGUGAAAUAUCUUCUUUUCUGAUCAAAUUAUAAGAAAAGUUUACCAAUUUUUCAGUACUUGGGUUUACCUUUGUCCAAUACCGUUGUCCUGAACAGAAAAGCAUUUUUAACUGGAGAACUUUGCUUGUUUCAGUUUUUUUCCCAAGGAUUACUUCUUAAAUGUACAUUUUAUUAUCAUAAACGUGCUAUUAAUCAUUUAUCCAAGAGCAGAACUUUUAUUCAGCCAUUCUAUCCUGACUUCUUGAAAAUAAAAUUAAAAUCCUUAUUUGUAUUACCAACAAUCCCUUGCUAACUAGGUUGAGGUGUAGACCUAUCUUUUCCAUAAUAUUGAUAAUGUACAGUAAAGCACUUUUAACUAAAUAACUAAGCUAACAUUAAUUCAAAUAAUGGCGUUAUGUUAAGUGUACUGUAAUUUCUAAUCUAUAUGGAUUUUGCACAUAUUUUGUACAAUCCAGAUGCUUGUACUGUUUCAAAGAGAUGUUUGCAACUAUGUUAGCAACUAGCUCAGAAUAGCUGCAACUUGCUCGAUGGCUGAGAUGCAUCAAUUACAUUUAUUUAAAUGUUAUAUCUAGAGAGCAGUUCCACCUGGAUCACAUUCUCUCAGGCUCUAUUGGUAAAAAUGUUUAGUGAAACGUGAAAUGUGCAAUUGCUGUACUAUUGAUCAAGGACAAUACCAAAAACCAAAACCGUGUUUGCAUGCACACCAAUUUGCUCAUUACUAACAAAAAUCUGCAUAUUCAAACAUUUCAACAGCGCAAGAAAAAUGAGAUUUGAAAUCAUCUGAUUAUUCUCAUCAAAAUGUAAAUAGGCAUUCAUGCAACAUUUGUGAACACUGGAAGCUAAACCGGUAAAGGUGUUUACAUGCACGUCAAUCUGUGAUGAUCAGUUUUAGCUUAAACUGUUUAUGACUUUACACCGCUAAAAGAAAGCUGUUUAAUGCGUUUACAUAAACGAGCAUGAUUUCAUGCACGUUCAUUAUGCUUAUGAUAAUGCUAUGGUUUUUGAAAGUUAUCAGUGUAAUGGUGUGCAUAUAAAUGCACUCGUUGUCCACUAAUUAAGCGCAAUCAGUGCAAGAUCGUGCAUGCAAAUGCUCUCAGUGAUGCUGUUUCAAUGGGGACUGCAUUUGCAUACAUGUGGUAAACAAUUCUGCCCUAGAAAGGCAAAACGCAGUAACUAAGCCAACAGUGAAACUGAGAAAAUUGGCUUUGAAAAUUUUGAAUUGUCCAAGCAAAUGUGGAUCAUACAUUUUCAGAAUUCAGAGAAACUUCUGUCACAGGAAACAUCAUAGUGUUUUACAGAACUGUAUACUGAUAUUAAAAUGAUUAAUACAGAUAUCCAUUAUUUUCAGCACAUUUUAGUAUGCAAAAAAGCUUACAUUCCCGCUGUCAUGAAAAGUGCUAUGGCUUUAAUCAAGACUUUGAAAUGCAUGAGAUAAAAUAAUAUAAUGUGAACUCGAACAGACUUGGUUUAGCUAGCUAGUGGGCAUCAGUGAUGUAAAAGAUUGAAAAAUGAUUACAGUACAACUGCUUAGGUAAUAAAGUAAAUAUAAUAAGAGAAUCACUCUAUUCUUAGCAUGAAUACACUACUUAUGCAUGGAAAACGGUGGGCUUUAGGGUUGACUUACACCCUAAACUAGAAUGCACGGCUGAACGCUUGAUUUGCUCCUCAAACCUUCAGCUUUCAAUGCUAUCUUUGUGGUGAUCUAGCUUUGCUCUCAUCUAAUGUAUGGCUUACUGAACAAGAUGUAGAAAUACAGAUGGACCAGUGGUUUCUAGACUGUUUGUUUCUUUUUGGAAACUUGUUACUUUUGUCUUAUCUUUCGCUCCUAACCGAAGUCAAGUGUUUCUAUCCUGAAUGUUCAUACAAUCUAUCAUCCAAAAUCUUUUUCUCAGAGAAGUCAAACAAAUAAAACUGUUUAUU